AAUCAAAACUAUUUUGAUUCUUCAAUCUUUCGUAGAGAAUGGAUCAUGAUAUCGAGAUUUUCCCGUUGCUCUCCUACGUCAUCCACCACUCCGAUCCCGCUUCUCACGCGCCACCGUCUCCGGCGAUUCAGCAAGCCUUAGCGAAUCGUUAUCCCCUUCUCAUCAAUCCGCAUGUCAUCUCCUCGCUGAUCGAAUCGAUUCCCAGUACCAUCACGCAGACUCUUUUCGUCUUCGGCUCUCUUGGGCCUCGACCCGAUCCUUUAUCUGUCUCCUCUGCUCGGUCUAAGAUCGCUCAGAUCCGAGAGAAUAAUUCGCUGUCGCCGGAGGAUGCGGCCAAGGAAGAGCAGAUUUACGCUACGGUUGUUCGGUUGGAGGAAGUUCACGAGGGAUACGAGAAGCAAUUGAGGGAAUUGGAGGAGGAGCUGUCUAAGGUUUAUGCUUCGGCGGUUGAGUCAUUGAACGGUGGCGAUGAAGUGAACGAAGAGGUUCUCGCGGUGCUCAGGGAAGCAGAAGGUGGUGGCGUCGUUGAGAGGAUCGAUCUCUCUGAUCGUCAGCUUAAGCUUCUUCCUGAAGCUUUAGGCAAAUUCGUUGGUUUGGUUUCACUGAAUCUCUCUCGCAACGAUCUGAAGUUCCUACCUGAUGCAAUCUCAGGACUUGAGAAAUUAGAGGAGCUCGAUCUAUCUUCAAACCUUCUUGGGUCUCUUCCCGACUCUAUUGGACUAUUGCUUAACUUGAGGAUCUUAAAUGUGACUGGGAACAAGCUAACUUCACUCCCAGAAAGCAUAACGCAGUGCAGGUCACUAGUCGAGCUAGAUGCUAGCUUCAACAACUUGACUUCUUUGCCUGCAAACAUCGGAUACGGAUUACUCAACCUCGAAAGGCUAUCAAUCCAGCUGAACAAGAUCCGUUUCUUCCCCAAUUCGAUAUGCGAGAUGCGUUCUCUAAGGUAUCUAGAUGCACACAUGAACGAAAUCUACGGGCUUCCCAUAGCUAUAGGGAGACUCACGAGCCUCGAAGUCAUGAACCUGAGCAGCAAUUUCAGCGAUUUGACCGAACUGCCUGACACCAUCUCUGAUUUAGCUAACCUCAGGGAGCUAGAUAUCAGCAACAACCAGAUCAGAGUCUUGCCCGACUCGUUUUUCAGGCUGGAGAAGCUGGAGAAACUGAACUUGGACCAGAACCCAUUGGAGUUCCCUCCGCAAGAGAUGGUUAACCAAAGCGCCGAAGCGGUUCGAGAGUUCAUGAGGAAGAAGUGGGAAGAGAUGGUCGAGGAAGAGCAAGUGAGGAGUGUGAUUGAAGCAGAUAAGCAACAAGGAGGAGCAACAGGUUGGCUCUCAUGGGGAAGCUCCAUUGUUACUAAUCUUAUUUCUGGAGGAGCUAAUAAGCCUAAUAAGCCUAAAGACUCGUUUUUGGAUCAACUACUCUGAGAUUUCUUUUUGUUGGCUUAUUGGGCCCUUAAUAAUCUUUUUAGUCCCAUUCUGUACUACUGCAGCACUCUACGUAACAAUUUUUUAUUUUUCUUUUUCAC